CCCAGCUCCAGCACAGCAAACCUACCCAAAAACCAAAACCAUCUCAAAAUGUUCGCCAAAGUGAUCUGCUUCGUCGCUAUUGCCGUGGCCUGCGCCGCCGGAAAGCCGCUGACGGCCGCUGUUGUUGCCGCUCCGGCCGUUGUGACCGCCCAGAGCUCGCAAGUGAUCGCCCGGAACUACAACGGUAUUGCUGCGGCCUAUACUGCUCCGAUUGCUGCGGCUUACACUGCUCCGAUCGCGGCUGCUUACACCGCUCCAGUUGCUGCCGCUUACACUGCCCCGGUUGCUGCUGCCUACAGUGCCCCGCUGGCUGCUGCCUACAGUGCCCCACUGGCGGCCGCCUACACUGCAUCGCCUUACUCUGCCUACGCUCCUUACUAUCCUUAUGUGCUGUAA